CCUCCCCACCCGCCAGCCCCCGGGUUAAAUGCGGCCGCCGCCUCCGCUCGCUCCAGCUGCCUGGCCGUCCGCACCUCGGGCACGCUUCCUGCGCCGUUACCUGGUCCAACUGCCCGGGAGGCUCCGCCCGUCGGCUCCGCUCUGCGGCCGCGCCUCCGAGCUGUCCGGCAGGCUUAGGCUCUGAUACCCCUGUUCUCUGUUCCCCGAGGGCGAUGAGGGGGCGUCUAUGCUCGCAGCUGCCCAUGUUCCUGCUCCUUCUCCAGCCCUGGGAAACCCAGCUCCAGUUCGCAGGUCCCAGGUGCCGUACUGGGCCCCUGGAUUUGGUGUUCGUGAUUGACAGCUCGCGCAGUGUGCGCCCCUUCGAGUUCCAGACGAUGCGGCAGUUCCUGGUGAGCCUCCUCCGCAGCUUGGACGUGGGGCCCAACGCCACGCGCGUCGGCGUGAUCCAGUAUUCAAGUCAAGUGCAGAGCGUCUUCCCGCUCGGAACCUUCUCACGCCGCGAGGAUAUGGAGCGCGCCAUCCGCACUCUAGUGCCACUGGCGCAGGGCACCAUGACCGGGCUGGCAAUCCAGUACGCCAUGAACGUGGCCUUCAGUGUGGCCGAGGGCGCGCGCCCGCCGGAGGCGCGCGUGCCGCGCGUCGCUGUAAUCGUGACGGACGGGCGGCCCCAGGAUCGCGUGGCCGAAGUGGCGGCGCAGGCGCGCGCCCGCGGCAUCGAGAUCUACGCCGUGGGGGUUCAGCGCGCUGACGUGGCCUCCCUGCGCGCCAUGGCGUCCCCCCCGCUGGACGAGCACGUCUUCCUCGUCGAGUCCUUCGACCGUAUCCAGGAAUUUGGCCUUCAGUUCCAGCGCCGGCUGUGUCCCCUCGACCUGUGCACUGAAGGGACCCAUGGCUGUGAGCAUCACUGCGUCAGCUCCCCGGGCUUCUAUUUCUGUCGCUGCCGAGCUGGCUUUGUACUCCAGCAGGACCAGAGGAGCUGCAGGGCCGUUGACCACUGCAGCUUUGGGAACCACAGCUGCCAGCAUGAGUGUGUUAGCACGUUUGGUGGGCCACGGUGCCGCUGCAGAGGGGGCUACAACUUGCUGCCCGACGGCAGGAGCUGUCAGGCCCAGGACCUUUGCAAUGGCGUAGACCAUGGGUGCGAGUUCCAGUGCGUGAGUGAGGGCUUCUCCUACCGCUGCCUGUGCCCUGAGCGGUGGCAGCUCCAGGCAGAUGGCAAGAGCUGCAGCCGGUGCCAGGAAGGCCACGUGGACCUGGUUCUGCUCGUCGAUGGCUCCAAGAGCGUGCGUCCGCAGAACUUCGAGCUGGUGAAGCGCUUCGUGAACCAGAUCGUGGACUUCCUGGACGUGUCCCCAGAAGGCACGCGCGUGGGGCUGGUGCAGUUCUCCAGCCGCGUGCGCACCGAGUUCCCACUGGGCCGCUACGGCACGGCGGCCGAGGUGAAGCAGGCGGUCCUGGCUGUGGAGUAUAUGGAGCGCGGCACCAUGACCGGGCUUGCGCUGCGCCACAUGGUGGAGCACAGCUUUUCAGAGGCGCAGGGCGCGCGGCCCCGGGCGCUCAACGUGCCCCGCGUGGGCCUGGUCUUCACCGACGGCCGCUCCCAGGAUGACGUUUCGGUGUGGGCGGCGCGCGCCAAGGAGGAAGGCAUCGUCAUGUACGCCGUGGGCGUAGGCAAGGCGGUGGAGGACGAGCUGCGAGAGAUCGCCUCGGAGCCAGCGGAGCUGCACGUGUCCUACUCCCCCGACUUCAGCACCAUGACGCACCUGCUGGAGAACCUCAAAGGCAGCAUCUGCCCGGAGGAGGGCAUCAGCGCGGGGACAGAGCUUCGGAGCCCCUGCGAGUGCGAAAGUCUUGUGGAGUUCCAGGGCCGCACGCUGGGGGCGCUCGAGAGUCUGUCGCAGAACCUGGCCCAGCUGACGGCGCGCCUGGAGGAUGUGGAGAACCAACUGGCCACCCAGAAGUGAGGGCCGCGGGUGGCCCGGACCCGGGCAAGGGGGGCGGCCCCGCGGACUGGGCCCCCUCGUGCGCCUUCCGGGCGCUGGGGCCGGGCAGAAGCUGGGUCCCCCAGGCUUGGGCUGUCGGGGAGGAGGCGCUGGCGGGCUCCCAGCGCUGCGCUCGAGCUGGCCUCGCCUGGACCAGAAGCCGGACUGCGGGGGAUCGUGGGAGGGGAUGUGGGGGACGCGUGCUGCGCUCAGUUCUUUGUAGGAUUUCUUUUUUUGUUUUCUU